AUGACUGGUGGCAUUUCCUCAGACAAAGGCCUCUACCUUGGAUCUAUCUAUCACUCACUAGAGCAUCUGCCGCAGUGGUACCAAGUCAUCGCCCUUUCUGGUUUGUUUUUUCUUUUUCCUCUCCGCGAAAUUGCAGUGGUCGGAUGGCUUGCUGUUUUCCUUCACCGCUCCUUUGGAACCGAAAUAGUGUGGUCAGCCGAAUACCAACGACUUCUCGAGCAGACGUCCUUUAAUGAAAGAAUCUGCUUUACCCUUUACGGUGUUGCCUUAUCCCUUUUAGCGUUUCUUUCAUACCGACUGUUUGCUAGUGGUGCUGUGCAUCGUGGGCUACAGGAGUCUAGCCUCAGUGGGGGACGCAAAUGGUGGCCUGCCGCCAUUCUCUGUGGACUUUUAGGAUGCGAAGCCAUGGCGUUUUUGAGAGAGACCGUGGCCCAAAUACUUUCUGACCCAACUUCCCUGGGGCACCUCGCUCUGCGAGGCUUUCAAGGUAUAGAGAAUACUACCUUUGAUCCUUUUCUUGUGAACAUUAACCCGCAUUGUGUUAUUCAAUUAGAGAUUUUUAAAGUAUUGCUACUAUCUUUUUUAGAGCGUGUAGUACCCGCCGUGAUAAUUGCAGCUUUGUAUCGUUUAUUACGAGAUGUGCCUCGAAGGGCCCAUGCGGCAAUGCGUUGGUAUAUUGUUACAAUCAUGCUGUCACGUUCUCUGGUGGAGAUUUACUUUAUGUACCGGGCUAAUGAGUGGGAAAAACUGAGUUCAUGGAUUUUGUUCGUGUCCACGUUUGUAUUCCUAGGAAUGGUAAAUUACGCCUUUGGGCCUUCGAAGCGCGGAGGGUGGACCGCGGCGACAUCUGUUAUCUCAUCGGUUAAUCAAACGGUUCAGGGCAUUGUCAAAUGUGCUGUCCUUUUUUUUGUCAUUUGCCUAUGCGUUUUGGCAUUGGUGGUAAGUGUUCAUGUGGUGGAAUUGCUGCUUAUUUGGCUUAUUUUCUUCUUGAUGAUGGUUUGGAUUCCAGCGAUCAUUGAUUCCUGUUCAACAGAGUACUCUCUCUGCAUUGUCACAGUUAUCUCGUUUAUUGCGCAUCAGAUGGAUUACCUGACGGAGGUAGGCUCUCUUCGUCUCUGGGGACUUCUUUCUGUUUGGUGGUUAAAUCUUUGUCUCUUCUAUAAUUUUGCCACCAACAUCUGUCGCUCCCGCUAUGGUGGGAUUUUUGCUGUUUCCACAUUGAUUGUGGGCAGUUGGCGCAUGACAGAGCAUAGUGGCGGGACCGGUGACGUUGUUUCUAUUCUAGAGAACAGCGCGGCUGCACUACGGGAUUUGGUAGAAGGCGCCUUACCUGCAAGUGAAACUGACUUGGUCGAAAGUGAUGCAGAGUUGGAUGUGUACACCUCCGUUCUCAAUGCCGGGUUUACCGUGUGUACGCUUCUCAUUCUGUGUAUAGCGCUUCUGAGUCUGUGUGAGGGAAAAGCGGUACGGUCGGGGUUACUUGGAAAGAACAUUGUCAUAUUAACGCCUGGCGUUCUUUUCCGGAAAUUUGUAAAAACCUUCAUUCUUGCUGUCUGUUUUCUCAUCUUCCUGGUGACAGGGAUGCUGCUCUAUCGUGUUCUUCCUCAACUUGCGAUGUUCACCCCGGAAUUUUUCACCCUUGGAAUGGCAGUGGGCCUGGCCUGUACAAUAUUGGGCGGACUUAUGGACAUGCAGGAAUUUCUGUACCUGUCUUUUAUGCGAGUUGUUGGUUUCAUGGACCCUCCUGCAGUGAACGAAGAUGAUAAAGACAUCGAUCGCUCUUCGUUUCUUUCCGGAGGCAAUUCGGGGUUACCAAAAAGUUAG